GUCCGACGUUGGCAACACUUCGCCAAACAGCUGUCUUGAUACUCAGUGCUGUGUAAUUAUAUUUUUAGAUGCCAAUUCUACUUUCAUAAAAAGUUAUCAUAUGUGACCUAGCUAUUUGUUAUGAUUUGCUAGAGGACAGUAGACAAAGGAUACAUAUUUGUGGUGCGAAAAUCAAUUAAACAAUAUUACAAAUAGUUAAUGAUUAAAUAGAGACGAAUAAUUGUUGUUGCUAACGUUCAUCUAGAAAUUUCUGUUGCAUCUUUUAAGUGUUUUUAUCAUCACUGUCAUCAGCUGUUCCAAGGUCACAUAUUAUUAUAUUCUAUAAAACUUGCGAAAAAUCUAUGAUACGAUUGUAAUAGAUAAAAACAAACAGAGAAAGUGUUAAAUGUGAUUUUUUGUUUUUGACAAUGUGGGUUAUCGAGUCUGGAAUGUCACGUGUCAUCUUGAACCGGUCUUUGGUAAAUAAAACAUCGUUAACCCGAUAAAUAAAAAAAGCUUUUCCAAUAUGCGUCUUUCUGCUUAUUUGAUGAAACCAAAAGCUUCAGAACUCUUAACCGCUUACCUUAAACAAUGUAACGAACCACCGUGGACGUCAUAUUUUGUGAAGUUCAGGGAUGUUGAGAACGAUCAACGUGGUAGGUCACACUUCAAUUGGACUCUUGAUUCAGGAACAAAUUAUCAUAUACUCCGUACAGGAUGCUACCCUUAUAUGAAAUAUCACUGCAGUAAACGGGCAAUUCAAGAUCUUUCCAUGGAAGAUAAGUUUUUCCGAUUUUUGAAAGUAAUAAAUUUGGGACUGCCAAUGUUAUUUUAUGGGCUUGCUGCGAUCCAUCUUAUAUCUCACACGGAACUUGUACAUUUACCAAAUGGUGAUCGAGUUCCUAUAUACUUUCUUUAUGCAGAAGAUAAGGGGUCUAUGCACUAAUUAUCCUACGAUAUUCAAACGAUGUUUUCCAUAAUAAAAUGAGGUAAAUAUUUAAUGUUCAUUUAAGACAUUAGUUAAGCUGUUCAGAGGCGGAUAUUUAAGAAAAGUACAAUUACAGUUUAUUUAUUUAAUAAACCAAAAUUGUCUAUAAAGAAAUUUGUCAAACGAAAUUACUUAUUAAACACUACAUAUUCAAACGUACAGUUAUGUUUAUAAAUAUAGAAGUGCUAAUUUAAGAAUGAGAAAAAAUGGCAGAUUUUCAUAAAAA